AUGAAGAAGGGGAAAACCAAAGAGACGAUUAAGACGGUGCCGUUCUACAAACUGUUUUCUUUCUCAGAUUCUACAGAUGUGUUGUUGAUGGUCGUUGGCUCGAUCGGAGCUAUUGGAAAUGGUCUUGGUUUUCCGAUAAUGACAUUACUGUUUGGUGAUCUCAUUGAUACGAUUGGUCGAAACCUGACCAACAAGGACAGUGUUGACGUGGUAUCCAAGGUUUGUUUGAAGUUUGUCUACCUUGGACUUGGGACGCUAGUAGCAGCCUUUCUACAGGUGUCUUGUUGGAUGAUAACGGGGGAAAGACAAGCUGCAAGAAUAAGGAGUUUAUAUCUGAAAACGAUUCUAAGACAAGACAUUGGAUUCUUCGAUGCCGAAACAAACACAGGAGAAGUCAUUGGUCGAAUGUCUGGUGAUACUGUUCUUAUACUAGAUGCUAUGGGUGAGAAGGUUGGGAAGCUUAUACAGUUGGUUUCAACAUUCUUGGGUGGAUAUGCUUUAGCAUUUGCGAAAGGAUGGUUACUCACACUUGUUAUGUUAACCUCAAUUCCUCUUAUAGCCAUGGCUGGUGCAGCUAUGUCUAUUAUAUUCACCAAAGCUUCUUCUCAAGAACAAGCUGCUUAUGCCAAAGCAUCAACUGUUGUUGAACAAACUUUCGGCUCCAUUCGAACCGUUGCUUCUUUCACGGGAGAGAAGCAAGCGACGAGUAGCUACAAAGAGUUGAUAAAUUCGGCCUAUAGAUCGAGUGUUAAGCAAGGUUUCUCAACGGGUUUAGGUUUUGGAAUAAUGUUCUUGGUCUUCUUCUGCAGCUACGCUUUGGCUAUAUGGUUUGGUGGAGAGAUGAUACUAAGAAAAGGGUAUACAGGUGGUGCAGUGAUCGAUGUCAUGAUCACUGUGGUCGCUAGUUCUAUGUCUUUAGGGCAAGCAGCACCUUGUCUAACCGCAUUUGCAGCUGGUCAAGCUGCAGCAUACAAAAUGUUUGAAACCAUUAAAAGAGAGCCGUUGAUUGAUGCUUUUGACCUAAAUGGGAAGGUUUUAGAAGAUAUUACAGGCAAAAUCGAGCUGAGAGAUGUGCAUUUUAGCUACCCUGCAAGGCCUAAAGAACAGAUCUUUGCCGGAUUCUCUCUGUUGAUCCCUAGUGGCACAACCGCUGCUUUGGUAGGAGAAAGCGGGAGCGGGAAAUCAACAGUGAUCAGUCUGAUCGAAAGGUUUUACGACCCGAGCUCCGGCCAAGUGCUUGUCGAUGGUAUUGACUUGAAAGAGUUUCAGUUGAAAUGGAUUAGAGGAAAGAUUGGAUUGGUUAGUCAAGAACCGGCUCUGUUCUCUUCAAGUAUAAUGGAGAACAUCGGUUACGGGAAAGAGAACGCGACGGUGGAAGAGAUUGAAGCGGCGGCGAAGCUAGCAAACGCGUUUAAGUUCAUCGAUAAGUUGCCUCUUGGUUUAAAGACAAUGGUUGGAGAGCAUGGAACACAGCUCUCAGGAGGACAGAAGCAGAGGAUUGCUAUUGCAAGAGCUAUACUUAAAGAUCCAAGGAUCUUGCUGUUAGAUGAAGCAACAAGCGCUCUUGAUGCUGAAUCAGAAAGAGUUGUUCAAGAGGCUUUAGAUAGAGUCAUGGUGAACAGAACUACUGUGAUCGUCGCGCAUCGGUUAAGCACAGUGAGGAAUGCUGAUAUGAUUGCUGUGAUCCACCGUGGAAAGAUUGUUGAAGAAGGUUCACAUUCUGAGUUGCUCAAGGAUAGUGAAGGGGCUUAUUCGCAGCUUAUAAGGUUACAAGAGAUAAACACAGAAUCAAAUGAGGGUAUUUCUGAUGAUGAAGUGUUCGACAGAUCAAUCAGCAUUGGCUCAUCAAGAAGAAGCAGUAGGAGGCACUAUGAUGGUGAUGACUCUGUUUCCGUUCAAGACGAAGGACAAGAAAACACUGAGAAGCCUCAAGAACAACCCAAAAACGUGUCGCUUACUCGAAUCGCAGCUCUAAACAAACCGGAGACUCCGAUUCUCAUACUUGGAACCAUAGUGUGUGCAGCGGACGGCACCAUAUUCCCCAUUUUCGGGUACCUUUUCGCUAAAGUAAUCACAACUUUCUUCGAACCGCCUCAUGCGCUGAGGCACGACUCAAGACACUGGGCUAUGAUAUUCGUGCUUCUUGGUGUGAUUUCUUUGAUAGUGUACCCGGUGCAUAUGUACUUGUUUGCUGUAGCUGGAGGGAGACUGAUUCGGAGGAUAAGGUCAAUGUGUUUUGAGAAAGUUGUUCACAUGGAGGUUGGGUGGUUCGAUGAGCCUGAGAACUCUAGCGGUGCGAUGGGAGCGAGGCUCUCUGCUGAUGCAUCACUGAUCAGGACUCUUGUAGGCGACUCUUUGGCUCUAACAGUCAAGAACCUUGCAUCCGCAGUCUCGGGAAUGAUCAUAGCUUUCGUGGCGAGUUGGGAGUUAUCGAUUAUUAUCUUGAUAUUGAUUCCUUUGACCGGAAUCAAUAAUUAUGUUCAAGUUAAGUUCAUGAAAGGCUUCAGUGCAGAUGCUAAGACAAAGUACGAGGAGGCAAGUCAAGUGGCGAACGAUGCAGUUGGGAGUAUGAGAACUGUUGCAUCUUUCUGUGCGGAGGAGAAAGUGAUGGACAUGUAUAAGAAACGAUGUGAAGAUCCGAUUAAGUCCGGGAUUAAGCAAGGAUUGAUCGCCGGAUUAGGGUUUGGUGUGUCCUUCUUCGUUCUUUACUCUGUCUACGCUACUUGUUUCUACGCUGGUGCAAGAUUGGUCAAAGACGGAAAGACAACCUACGCUGGUGUUUUUCAGGUUUUCUUAGCUUUAACGAUGACAACAAUUGGUAUUUCUUCAGCGAGUUCUUUUGCUCCUGAUUCAAGUAAAGCUAAGAGUGCUGCUGCUUCCAUCUUCGGAAUCAUCGAUAGGAAAUCGAAGAUAGACUCGAGAGAUGAAUCCGGAACGGUGUUGGAGAACGUAAAAGGAGACAUUGAGCUUUGUCACUUAAGCUUCGCUUACCAAACUAGACCUGACAUUCAGAUUUUCCGUGACCUUUGUCUCUCCAUUCGUGCCGGAAAGACUGUUGCUUUGGUUGGAGAGAGUGGAUCGGGUAAAUCUACAGUGAUCUCGUUGUUACAGAGGUUUUACGAUCCGGAUUCUGGUCAUAUAACUCUAGACGGAGUUGAGCUCAAGAAGUUUCAACUGAAAUGGCUGAGACAACAAAUGGGACUUGUAGGGCAAGAGCCUGUUCUGUUCAACGGCACGAUACGAGCCAACAUUGCUUACGGGAAAGGCGGAGAAGAAGCAACCGAGACUGAGAUCGUAGCUGCCUCCAAGCUCGCUAAUGCUCACAAGUUCAUCUCUAGCGUACAACAGGGUUACGAUAGGAUGGUGGGAGAGAGAGGGAUACAAUUGUCGGGAGGACAGAAGCAGCGUGUGGCGAUUGCACGAGCCAUCGUGAAAGAUCCGAGGAUUUUGCUGCUGGACGAAGCGACGAGCGCGUUGGAUGCAGAAUCGGAGCGGGUGGUUCAGGACGCGCUUGACCGAGUGAUAAAGAACCGGACCACCAUCGUGGUGGCUCACAGGCUCUCGACCAUCAGGAAUGCUGACGUCAUCGCCGUGGUAAAGAACGGUGUGAUCGCGGAGAAAGGGACGCACGAGGCUUUGAUCAAUAUCGAACGUGGUGUUUAUGCUUCUCUCGUUCAACUUCACAUGAGUGCUUCUGUUUGA